ACUUCCGGGAGCUCCAUCUAAGCGAUUGAAAAAUCGACGAGAGCGCAAUAAGGGCUUGAUUUCCGCCUCCCGGUCAACAGACCCCUCGAUCUCGCACUCGAUUUGAUUCCCGAGAUCGCUGCUUGGAAUCCGCACGCACCGAUCGCAAAUCAGCCUGAAAUCUGGAGUCGUUUGUGUGGAAGUCGUAGAGGCCAAUUAAAGCCCUCCGUCGCCAUCGCUAGCCUAGCUAGCGCUCCUGUCCGGUGGGAAUGAUGUGAAAGUCAGAAAUGAUCGUUAGAAUAAACCGCGAUGAUCAGAAUCUGUUCCGUUACAGACACCGAGUCAAUCGAUCAACCUGACAGCUCGGCUGGUGUACGGGGGUUUUCUCGUUAAUUUCCGUUUUCACCGCGUAGCAACAUCAUAUUCGGGGGGCUUGACAGCUCUGAGCUUCAGUUGAAAAUAUUUAAUUUAGGUUUUUUAUUUUCUGGCAUUAUUGUUCGAAUAAAUGCGCAUAUUUCUAUUCGUAAAUAAAAAGCUAUCUAUUUUAAGCUUAUUGUAUUUAUUUGACAAUUCGAACACGUUUAAUUAGACUGCCUCAAACGGAAUCAUGAAAUCGUGACUUUUAUUUGUAAUAAACUGGCGGUCCGUCGAGAAAUAAACACAUUUUUGCGCAGUUUUGGACGUCCGCUGGUUUUUGCUUUGGCUUUGAGUGUCGCGAGCAUCAGCGCGAGGUCAUGCGAGCCGCUGCCAAGCAGCUGUCAAUCAAGAUUGCGCACACGAGAUCGCAUUGAACCGUCAUUCUACUACAGUAUUUCACAACAGAAGCGUUCGACUUCUAAUUUCUGUCGCGUAGAGAGACUCGUAGUAGCAGGUGGAUUGGCCGAGCCCGCCAUGCCCGGUCCAGUGACCAGCAAAGCACGGGUGUAUGCUGAUGCCAACACUUUGAAGAGCAAGGAAUACUGGGAUUAUGAAGCACAUGUGCCUAGCUGGAGCAACCAGGAUGACUACCAACUUGUACGAAAGCUUGGAAGAGGCAAAUAUAGUGAAGUGUUCGAGGCCAUCAACAUUAACAGCAAUGACAGAGUAGUUGUUAAAAUACUGAAGCCUGUUAAGAAGAAGAAGAUUAAGCGUGAAAUCAAAAUUCUGGAGAACUUGAAGGGGGGGACCAACAUCAUUCGUCUUGUAGACACAGUGAAGGACCCUGUGUCUAGAACACCUGCUCUUGUGUUCGACUACAUCAACAACACUGAUUUCAAGGACCUCUAUCAGAGACUAACAGAUUUUGAUAUCCGAUUUUAUUUGUAUGAACUUCUAAAGGCUCUGGACUACUCUCACAGCAUGGGCGUCAUGCAUCGUGAUGUCAAACCUCAUAAUGUCAUGAUAGACCACCAAAUGAGAAAGUUGCGGCUUAUAGAUUGGGGUCUUGCUGAGUUUUACCACCCUGCACAGGAAUACAACGUAAGGGUCGCCUCAAGGUCAUAUAAGGGACCAGAGUUGCUGGUUGACUAUCAGAUGUAUGAUUACAGUCUGGACAUGUGGAGCUUAGGCUGCAUGUUGGCCAGUAUGAUCUUCCAGAAAGAGCCAUUUUUCCAUGGUCAAGACAACUAUGACCAGCUGGUCCGAAUUGCAAAAGUCCUUGGAACAGAUGAGCUCUUCAGCUACCUGAACAAGUAUCACAUUGAGUUGGACACACGCUUCAAAGAUCUGCUUGGCCAGCAGACACGAAAGCGCUGGGAGAACUUUGUUCAGCCAGAGAAUCAGCACUUGGUGAGUCCAGAGGCUUUGGACUUGCUGGAUAAACUCCUGCGCUACGAUCAUCAACAGAGACUGACCGCCCAAGAGGCCAUGGAGCACCCCUACUUCUGGUUCACACAAGGUCCUUCAAGUGCUUGAAUUUAGCUUUUAGAAAUGUAAGAACUGGAAUACCUGGAAAAUUGCCUUGUUUUGAUAAAGUGCUUGAGAUUAAAGUGGAACGUUUCCUCCGUGUAAUGUGUGUCCAUCAAAGAUGAGAUCCUGCACUCCACUUUCACUGAAUAAUGUGUUUUCAUAUCCUUUCUGUUCUUUACAGUCAGAUAAAAAUGUAAACAGAAAUAUUCAUUUAAUCUCACACAGCAUGGAUGUGUUAAAGAAACAGAGAGAUUCUCGUUGAUGUUCGCUGAACCGGAAAUUUGAGCCGCUGUGAAUCCUUAAAGUGACAGUAACCUUUUUAGCAUUUCUUAUACAAAUGAAUAUAAACUCAGUGUUAUUACUUGUAAAUUGUGCACAUUAUUUAAAACAGUGAUAGCUCAUAUCAUUAUUAUAUAUACAAUUUCAUGAUAUAAUAUUAAUUAAUGUAGAAGUAAAAUUUUGAUUAUAAUAAUGAUGAAAAACAAAUUAUUAAAAUAUAAAUAUACACUUUCAUAUACUUUUUUCAGGACAGGUUUUGUUCAGUUCUAUUUCUUGUUCUGCACCUGAUCAGCCUGAAUGCAGCCCACUAUUUUUGAAAGUGUAUUUGUUUGUGAUUGUUUCUUAUAGAGAAAGGUAUAUGAGCAAAUCUUAUUAUUUAAACUAUAUAUUGUGUAU